AUGUACUCUCAAACGGAAGAGAGGUCCUCGGGCGCCAUUUUUAAUACGAAAAUACGAAACUUUUGCAUACCAACGCCAACCCGAACAAGGUCUUAGUCUUCUAUCGACCGAAAAUGAAUGUGGUGGAUCAUGUACGAGAUAUGGCCGCGGCUGGUCUGCACUCCAAUGUACGGAUAUUGAGCAGCUUGUUGCUGACGAUGAGUAAUAACAACCCAGAGCUGUUCUCACCAGCCCAAAAGUACCAACUUUUGGUGUACCAUGCUGAUGCCAUCUUCCACGAUAAAGAGUACCGUAAUGCUGCCUGUAAAUACAGUAUGGCACUUCAACAGAAGAAAGUGCUUAGCAAAACAUCCAAAGUUCGCACAUCUGCUGGUGGAGCUGCAGCUAACCUUCAAGCACAGAGUUUACCUUCAGAGAUCGAAGUAAAGUACAAGAUAGCUGAAUGUUAUACGAUCUUGAAACUGGACAAAGAUGCCAUUGCAGUGCUUGAUGGGAUCCCGUCACGACAGAGGACUCCAAAGAUCAACAUGAUGUUGGCAAACCUAUACAGAAAAGCUGGCCAGGAACGCUCCGCAGUGACAAGCUACAAAGAAGUCCUCCGACAGUGCCCCCUCGCCAUGGAUGCAAUCAUUGGACUUUUGUCUCUAUCAGUCAAAGGAGCUGAAGUGGCGUCCAUGACCAUGGAUGUCAUGCAGAGUGCCUCCAACCUGGACUGGCUCUCUGUUUGGAUAAAGGCGUAUGCCUUCAUACAUGCCGGUGAUAAUCAAAGGGCCAUCAACACCAUUUGUUCUCUGGAAAAGAAGUCUUUGUUGCGGGACAACGUGGACCUCCUGGUGAGUCUGGCGGAUGUCUACUUCAGGGCAGGUGACACUAAGAACGCCAUCCUGAAGUUUGAACAAGCCCAGAUGCUGGACCCGUAUCUCAUCAAAGGAAUGGAUGUCUAUGGCUACCUGUUGGCCAGAGAAGGACACCUUGAAGAUGUCGAGGUGCUGGGAGGACGACUGUUCAACAUCUCGGACCAGCAUGCAGAACCUUGGGUGAUUUCAGGUUGUCACAGCUUUUACAGCAAGCGCUACUCCAGAGCACUCUACCUUGGAGCAAAGGCUAUCCAGUUGAACAGCAACAGUGUGCAGGCUCUCCUCCUGAAAGGGGCGGCGUUGAGAAACAUGGGCCGUGUCCAGGAAGCCAUCAUCCAUUUCCGCGAGGCCAUGCGCUUGGCACCAUGCAGACUUGACUGCUAUGAAGGUCUGAUAGACUGUUACCUGGCGUCCAAUGGUGUCCGAGAGGCUAUGGGGAUGGCCAAUAACCUCUAUAAGACGUUGGGGGCCAACGCACAGACUCUGACCAUCCUUGCUACCGUGUGCCUGGAGGACCCUGUGACCCAGGAGAAAGCUAAAACCUUACUGGACAAAGCUUUGGCUCAGAGGCCCGACUACACCAAGGCUGUGGUGAAAAAAGCCGAACUCCUCAGUCGGGAACAGAAGCACGAAGAAGGGAUCGCUCUGCUUCGGAAGGCCCUGGCCAAUCAGAGUGAUUGUGUGCUGCACAGGAUGCUGGGAGACUUCCUGGUGGCCGUUAACGAUUACCAGGAGGCCAUGGAUCAGUACAGCAUUGCACUCAGCCUGGACCCCAAUGAUCAGAAGUCGCUGGAAGGCAUGCAGAAGAUGGAGAAGGAAGAGAGUCCUACAGAUGCCACGGUGGAGCUGGACGGCGACGACAUGGAGGGCAGCGGAGAAGACGGCGACCUGGAGGGCAGCGACAGCGAGGCCGCCCAGUGGGCCGACCAGGAACAGUGGUUUGGUAUGCAGUGACCCGGGUCUUCUCGGGGUGACCCGGGUCCGUCUUGAGGUGACAAGACUGCGAAGCUUGGUUCCUUCUUGAGCGGGUUAACUUCCGCUUGUUUCAUUUGGAGAAUCUUGUUUGCCCACAAAUGAACUUCGAAGCGUUGCCGUGUAGAAGUGAACGAAACUGAGCCUAUUUAUAAACAUUUUAACACCCCUUAAUAAUCCACAUUCUGUGUUGUCCGGCCAAAAUUCGACCGCUCUUGACUUUGGUGUUGUCCGUAAAGCGAGUAAAUGUCACCUUGGAUUGCAUAAAUGUAAAUAUCUUUCAGAAUGUACAAUUAAAUUCAAAGUUGAUGUGUGCAAAGUCCCAACAAAGACAA